AAAAAUUAAAUUUGAAAUUGGGCUUAAAUAUUAAGCAAUUUUGAUCGAUUAGAUGCUUCUUGAUUGGUUCUUCUUUGUAACUAACAAAGAAAAAUUAAUUUCUGGUUCUGAAAAAGUCGCCAUAGUCGACGUCGUCGUCAUUCUAAGAGAGAGAAAAAAUAAAAAAGAGUUUGAUAUAGAGAGAGAGAAGGUAGCAGCAUACGAUGAUAACGCGAUCGAAUCUUGCGGAACAGCUGCGAGAUUAUCAGAUUCGAUCCAAACAUGAUUGGGCUUCUGUCUCCUUCUUCUCUUCUACUUCUUCCAAUAUCACCACUUCCAGGGUGGAUGUGGUGGUCUUUGUAAUAUGGGAACUUGUUAUUUUAGCUUUCUUGGUUUUUUCAGUUGUUUCUUUGUACUUUAAGCAUAUCCGGCUUGCUUUUAUAUUAGUCUGCGUCACAGUGCUAUUGCUUUUAUGCAUGAAAAUUACAAAGCAAGUAAGACUGGCGAGGAAAAAGAAACGAAGGAUGCUUCUUCCGUUGUCAAUGUAAAGUGGUAUGAAGGGUUGAUCUAUGCCCAAUUUCCUUUUCUCUCACCACCUUUUUUCCGGAAUAGGGUCUUGGCCAUUCAAGAGCAUUUUCUAUUGAUCCAGCUCCUCAUUCGUCAUUGAGUUGUGUAACUUCUGAUUCUGCCUAUAGCAAGUCGACUAAAGAACAUAAAUGGUGUUUUUUCAUCAAAACAAGCUUAUCCAGUUGGUUCAUGUUGAUCCUUAUUGAAGGUGGUGUAACUUAGUUGUGCUAGGAUCCUGUCACAUAUAUCUAUUUUGAAUUUCUUUUUGGCUGUCUAUGUUUAUGUAUACGUAGUACAACUGAUGCAAGUUACUAUUAAGGUUUUGACCCCUUUGAUAGUGUGGCGAACUUACAUGCAAAAGUUCAAAUACUAUCAGGUGAAUUAUUGUGUAAAGACAAUGUAGUUGCUGAGUAGUUAUAGCUGUUGGAUAUUAUGCAGAAGGUGCUUAAUUUUUAGCACAUUCCAAAUAUAAACUGUGUUCUAUUUCCACAAAUUUUACAUGAAGUUGUCUUAUGAUUCAUUAA